ACCAGUAAUCAGCAGGCCAUGAAAUAAAAAAUCUUAAAAAAAUGAAAACAAUAAAAUGAACAAAAAAAUUUACACAAAAUCAAGAUCAAGAAAUGGUGGUUUCCAAAUCAGAUCCAAAUGGGACAAACCCUCGAAAUGAAAAGGGAAACCCCUUUCAUGAUGGAUCAGAAAGACCUUCAACCAGUACCGGAGAUGCCAAAAGGGAAAUUAUUCAUAAAUUAAAGAAAACAAACAAUUUUCUCCUUAAGAAAAAAAUAUAUUCUUUGCACUCUAUGAUAGCACCAAAGAAAGAGGAAACACCGACUACCACCAAGACAGAAUCUCCUAAAAUAGGAAAUGAAUCAACAUCAAAUUCAGAGGAUUCCCUUGAUUUUAAUUUAUUUGUUUCUGAUGAGCAGUCGGCCUAUGGAGCUACUUAUAUAGAUGGAGAUUCCGACGCUGAUUUCAACUGCAAUCUUGAAAACAACAUUAUAUCCUUCGAUUCCGAAUGGGACUCUGAUUUCAGUAAUGAUCUCGAAAAUAAUAAUGUCACGGUUGAAAAGAAAAAGAAACCUCCUCAAUCGCCUGAAGAUAAUAUGAGUGAAGACUUUCGGACAUAUUUUCUUCAGACUUUCCAAAACCUGCCCAGAUUAUCACAAAUAUCUUUGGAUCAAAAUCAAAGCCCAACAAAUAAAACGAAAAACAAAAUUUUAGACUCAGAUGAACUUGGAGAGACAACUUCACAGGCUUCUGAGCUGAAAAAUGUCAUUAAUUAUGUGGCAGAAAGUUUAAAUAAUUUACACGAAGGUGUCAAAAAUGUUUCAGAACUAGAAAAUUCUGAAAUCACACCAAAAUUAGGGAAUGAUACAGUGGUUAUUAAUAAUAAUACGACUGAAAAUGAAAAUAUUGAAGAGAGUUCUGUUCCAAAUAACAGAAUACCAGGUCGUCCAAUAGAUGAAGAUCAAGAUGAACAUCAAGAUGUAGAUCAAAAUGAAAAUAUUAAAAAACCUUCCAUUACUGAAAAUUAAGAUUAAAAUUAAAAUAAUUGUCUAAGAAAUUUAUACAGAGCUUUUAAACAUAAAAUACAACAUUUUUAAAAACUUU